UGUGGCCAUGGUCAAUCGAGCCAAAGGGGUGGUUGUGAGUGCACCGAAUAUUAUCCCUAUUGUGACAUUCAAUUCAUGGGACUAGCAAAUAUCCACAGUAUUAGAAGCUUUGACUCUUUACGUUAUCUUCAAAAUUGUGAUAUGUAUUCAGACGCUUGGGAGAGUCUCGUGAGUAGCUCCAAGUGGCUUCAUUACAUUUCUUGUCUACUUAAAUCAGCUGUCACCAUUUCAGAAGCCAUUGAAGAUGACCGUUCAUGUUUGGUCCAUUGUUCAGAUGGAUGGGAUCGGACACCUCAACUUGUGUCUCUCGUUCAACUCAUGCUUGAUCCUUAUUAUCGUACUUAUGAUGGUUUCAGAGUUUUGGUUGAAAAAGAAUGGAUCGAGUUUGGCCACAAGUUCGCCGACAGGCACGGGGUCAUGCCAGAAGACGAUAAUUCUUAUGAAAAAUGUCCAAUCUUCCAACAGUGGCUUGACUGUGUUUACCAAAUAGUUCUCCAACAUAGUGAAGCAUUUGAAUUCAAUGUUGUUUAUCUCCAAUCGAUAUUGUAUCAUUCAUACUCAUCUCUUUUUGGAACCUUCAUCGGUAACAGUUUAAACCAUAAGACACAAAAAAACAUUUUUACACAAACUUCUAGUCUCUGGCCUUUCCUCGAAAAUGAGAAGCAUUGUUACAUCAACGAUAACUACGUACCAAAAACCGGAAACAACAAUAUUGUGACUCCCUCAUCAGAGGUGGAAGAUUUGCGGCUUUGGGUCGAAGUCUAUCGUCCAUCGAGCAAUGAUAUGAUCAGUCUUAGCGACAUUCAAUCAUCCAAAAUAUAAUUUUUCAUCCAAUUUUAAUCAUUUGAAAUCGACGAGCAAAUUAAUGGCUGAAUGGAUUGGCUGCAAAUGCCUUGAUAUCAUUUUCGUUAAUCGUUAAUAUUUUUCCAUGGGAUCUUCAACAGAUGAGCUUUGGAUUACCAAGAGUCUCCUGAAACGAAAUUUC